AUGGCCAAAGACAUGAGCCUCAAAGGCUCCACGAAGACAUCCCAUCGACUGUUGAAGCUCCCUAAUGAGAUUCUCCAAGAGAUCGCAUGCAUUCUUUCAACGGACAGAGAUAUCUUGAGCUUCUCCUUGACCUGCAGAGAGAUCUGGGAGCGUGUCUUCUCUCCCAACUCGGGUAUCUGGCACCGUCGUUUCCAGAACCAGUACGAUGCACCUCACGGCCACAGCCCCGGAGAGCUGAAGAUGGAGUAUCAGAUCCGAGCUAUCGUCCUUCCCCAGAGGAUUGACUCCAAAAAAGCACACAAUGGGCAGAAGAAUUUGUGGAUGAGGGUCAUCCAGGGAAUGUUGGUGGAAUUCUUAACCCUUCCUCCGAGCCCUGGUGGUGUCUCUAAGACUUACGAGAAAAUCUGCAAUGCUCCUGCCAUGAAGAGCUUCCUGAAAGCUCCAGCAAAGGAGGGUUCGCACUCGCAGGUUUUCUGUGCUCUUCAAGUGUGCCUGACAGCUUUGGCUCUGGAUCCCUCGAUAUCGGGACAGGGCUGCCUUCGGACCGAUUAUGACAUCGGCAUAGUUUAUUCGUUUUACAACAGACCUGAUGGUCGCCCGCUAUUUGGACACAAGAGGCUCAGUCUUACCACCCUACUGCACAUGCGCAACUUCUGGCAGCAUCAUCUGCUGAGCCCUCAUGAAAUCACAUUCCACGAGUCUUUCAGCUUGCUUCCACAGGAUCUCAUGCCCAAGGCGCCAAACGCCAACGCGACAGAUGAGGUGAUUCUGGGGACCUCUUGGUUGGGAUACUGGUCAUGCAUCCACCCCAUCCCCACCAUGGUUGAAGAUCUCGAGCGUCGCCAGAGCUGUGCCGAUCUUCUCUCACACAUGGACCAAGUUGACCCCAUGACCAUGGAAAUUGACCCAUGCCCAGCCCAGCCAUUUUGGCCGAGCCCGUUCAACGAUAUCAUCCCCCAGGUUGGAGGUCCUCAGGCCAAGCGGUCCUAUUUCAAAGGCAAACAAAAGACCUUCGGAGGGGAUGCCGAUGAGCAUCCAAACUCGGUAGUCGGGUUCAUUGAACCCAUGGAUGUUCCACACGGGGGAUUUUCGGGCUGGACACGCAUCUGCUUUGUUAUCUAUGAGCAGGUGACAGACGAUGGGUACAUCGAAGAGGAGAACCUUCUUUGGAUCCAUGGCUAUGAGGCUGUGGUAAUUCCUGGAGGGAAUGUUAUGCUGGGCCGGUGGGUAGACCUGAGGGAGACCAGUGCCCGAGGGCCUGUGAUCUUUUGGGGUGUGUGA